UCCUGCGUCGCAAGAAAGACAAAGUGUACGUGAAAUGGUUGGGUCUGGACGAGAAAUCGUGGAUUGAUAAAAAUAAUGUUGUUCUAUAAGGUUAUGAUGUGUCGAUUUGAAUAAAUAAAUAACUAAAAACUUAAAUAUUUACUUUUUAUUAUUGUAAUUCACCAUACAACAUAUUUCCUAGUGUCUCUUUUUCUCGAUGUCAUCUAUUCCACCACCCUCCUUUUUUAUCGAGAUAUUUUUCAAUUGUUGUUAGAAGUGAUUAUUGAAAUAUGUCGAACAAUAUCAGAUUCCAUUUUCCAUCAUAUCUACCCAUAACACGGUGCUGCGACAAAUUCCAAGAGUGGCAGGAAAUUCGUUAUCGUAUCUUACAUAGAUAAUCGUUUGUCCCAGACACUCACACCCCACACUUCUUGUUAGGGGUUAUGCAAAAUUGACGAAAUGCGAUAUACAGAUACUACGUCAAUGAUGCACAGAAGUCAUGAGAUCUCACGGAUUAAAGCUCAUUUAAAGUUCAUCUUCCCAGUACAUUAAUGAAUAUUAUCAUUGUUAAACUGAGGUGAAUGGUCUCUGCCGUCUUCUGGGAAUCUUCAAUGUUGCAGGUGUUUCACGGGUAUCAUUUGGGACAAUGGUUGAUAUGUGUGUGUGAGAACGUCCUUGAUGUUAUUUUAGAAUCACUCUUUUGCUAACUCCAACAAAAACCUCCACAUAUAUACCUAGGGGUAGACAUUUUGCGGCACAAGUGUUAAUCUGCACGUUAUCGUCAUGUCUUCAACCAAACGCGCCAACAAGUUGACUUUAAAAAAAAGUGCAACGAGUAAGAAGCCUUACAUAAAUGCCUGUGGGGGUGGUGGACGCUCAAUCUUAAAGACCGCCUUAGAAAAACCUACAAAAUUAUCCGAUGGUGAUGUGAUCAACCUCGUCACGGAAGAUGAAGAAGGACAUCGGGAAAGAACAAUAGCUACCACCACCACCACCACAAAUGAACUGGAAGAUUUUCUAAAAGAAUAUGAGGGAAAUUUCAAUCAUGUUUACGCUCCUCCAAUUACAACGAUUCCUCCACCUCCCAUGAGACCACCGGUGAUAGAUCCCAGACAUGGCCAGCAACAACAACAGCAACAACAACAACAGUUAAGCCAGUAUCCAUCAGUACAAAUAUUGGAGCACAUUAUAAUUCCUGCGCCGCUACCCCAGGCAAAUACUCAAACGCAGCCACCAGAAAAUGGUAGCUUUACAUCCACAAAUCCUCGAUGGGGUGGCAUGCAUCAAUUUCCAAAUAAUCCAGCUCAACAACAACAACAACCAAAUUUACCACUACAGCUACCUGUAAAUAACGGCGGCAACAAUCACUUUCAUGCCCCGUUGCCUAGGGGGGAAAAAGAUAUGCAAUUACUAAGAGAAUUUUAUGAAAACGUCUCUCCGCCGUCUUCAGCAGCCAUCGACCAAGAAGAGGCGCCACCACCACCGCCGCCAUCUCAUGAAUCGCCCAGAUGGCGCGAGCCAUCCACACCCCAAGAGCUGGCGAUGUUAUCAAUGGGGUGUCUGGAGAAGAUGCUGACAACUUUCCAGGCCAGACAAAGAAAUUCCCAACUCCAGACGGAGCGUUUAGAACGGGAGUUGGAUGCAUCACGAGUUCAAGAUGAAAACCUGCAUCGAGAGAUGAAAUUUAUUAUAAGUUACAUGGAAUUUUUAAAAAAUAAUUAAUUUUUCUUUUCAAAUUUAACUUCACAUUUGUAAUUAAUAAGUAAAACAUUAAUGUAAUGUACCUAAUUUGUAGAAAAUACAUGGAUUAUUUAAUGCGAUUGUUGAUAUUAAUUAAUUUAGUUUAUCUGCCACAAACAUUCACGGAAAUGUAAUAUUUACGUACCUACCUGAGUUCGAGUGAAAAUACUAAUCCGAAUUAAUCAUUAUCACAAAGAAACACCAAAAUUAUUUUCCACAACACAUCGCGAAUCGGCGAAUAUCACUGUGCAAUGAAAUGAGUGCAUACGCAAGUCGGCAUAAUGCGAGCUGAUAAUUUUCUAUUUUUACCAAAUGCGCGAUACCAUGCAGAACGUCUAUUCACG